UCGCUGUGAGCGGUAAAUCCACCGCGAGAGACCGCAGCAACCCCCCCCCGACUGUCAGCCCCCCCGAGUUGGUAAUUUCGACUAAAGCAGAUGUGUGGAGCUGGUCGAGGGUUGCGUUGUAAUUCUGAUGGCAGUCGCUGCAGCCUGAUAGGAACUCAUUUUAAUAGAGCAAGGCAGCUUUGCUUGUCAUUUCAGCUGCUGUUCAAGCAAACAGUGCUGCCGUCUGGGGUUAGAAUUGUAGCUGACUGGUCUGUAAUGCAGAGUAACGGGUUAGAGGCUGAGGCUGAGCACAUGUCGUGUGUUUUAGCAGGUGGAGGAGGAGGAGGAGGAGAGGGGGGCGUCACAGCAGUCUCUCUCCCUGCCCGCGGAGCUCCUCGACCGGGUGGAUCCGCUCCCCGGGCUGGAGCAGAUGGAAGCGGGGGCGCCGCUGACGGAACAGGAGCCCCACACUCAGGCAGAACAGGAGCUCCGGCCUGGGUCCGAUCCGGGUUCUGGUUCUGGAGGUGACCCGAGAGCAGGGGGGGCCAGCGGAGGCUCCUCUCCUGGGGUGCCGAACCUGCCGGAGCUCCGUCCGCAGAGCCGGAUUCAGACCUGGGAGACGCGGGUUCAGGAGAGCAGGGCGGGCAGACUGGGGGACCCUGGGGGGGCCAGACUGGCAGGGGCCCAGAGGGAGCUGUGCAGGGGCCCGGGUUCGAAGGGGAGCAGGGCGGGAGAGGAGGAGAGAGAAUGGCAGAGAGGAAGAGAGGCAGACUGCGCUGAAGAAGGCUCUGAUAGAGACGCUGGACAGGCAGAGAGACCCCAGAGGCAAUCAGGAGUCUGUGUAACCGAGGCUUCAAAAGAGACAGGAGGCUCGAUAUUGAAAUCAGUGAAGAAGCCUCCUCCGAAAUGCCAGCAGGAGGAGCUGCUGGACAGCCUGGCUCGGAGUUCAGAGGUCGAGGAGGGUUCCGAUCGCUCCGACUCUGACGUGGAGGGCGAGGUCGCUGUGCUGGUGCGGUACAUCCCGGCCGGAGACUCGAGCGAGGAGGAGGAGGAGGAGGAAGAGGAGCAGCUCGCCAACGACACAGAACCACAUCAGUGGAAAAAAACAAGUGCCUCUGCUCAGACAGCCCUACUGUUUCGGGACUGGGAUGACCAGAGUCUGCCCCUCCCGCGCUCCGCUCCGCUGAGCCCCUCCCAGUACUUCAGGCAGUAUUUCAGCUGGGAGCUGUGGAAGGAUGUGGCGCAGCAGAGCAGCUCCACGCAGGCAGGGGGCGAUGCGGGGAGGAUCAGCACCAGGGACGUGUGUGUCUUCAUAGGAGCCAGCAUCGUGAUGGGAACGCUGAAGCUCGUCUCCUGGUGCGGAGAGGACGGCGUCCCUCUCUCGGCGGGACAGCGGCUUCGGGACCCGCCUCACGCUGCCCGCAUGGAGCCCGUCUCCGUGAAGGAGGAGGUCCUGGACGAGGAGACGCAACUGGUGCUCAUUAAAGAGGAGGACGUGAAGGACGAGGACCCUGUCCCUGUGAAGCGGGAGCGAGGCGAGGAGGAGGAGUCUGCCAGGAACCCUCAUCUAUCCUCGCCCUCCCCACCACCGCCCCCGCAGUGGCAUUGCCUGGCACGCCCAGACCCCUUUUCCAAAGACCUGAAUCCGAGGCGCCAUGACGACGGCCGCGAUCCUGGCGGCUCCCUGGCCGGCGUGGACUCCCUGUUCCCCUGCCGGCAGUGCCAGCGCUCCUUCAGCUCCUCGUGGGAGCUCACUGGCCACCAGUGCGGCGGCAGUGACACGGAGAAAGUCCACUUCAAGUGCCCGGUGUGCGGAGACCGCUUCGAACGCCCCACGGCCUUCAUCAUGCACAAGCGCAGCCACGUGGGCCAGUCCCGCUACGUGUGCACCGAGUGCGGACGCACGUGGAAGACUCUCAAGAGACUGCUGGCUCACCGGCACAGCCACGCCGGGGACCGGCCACACCAGUGCGAGGAGUGCGGACACAGGUUCAAGAGAGCCGGCGCCCUACAGAGGCACAGGAGGGGUCACCGUGGGACCCGGGAGAGAGCAGAGGAGGAGGAGGAGGAGGGGGAGGGAGGAGGAGGGGGAGGAGGGUGCAGGAGGGGGAGAGCAGCCUGGCUGAUUCCACGCACAGCAGUCUAGACCAGUCUCUCCAGUGUCUGCAGUGCUUCAUGACGUUCCGGGAUGUGGAGACGACGCAGAGGCACCUGCGCUUCAAGCAUCCCCUGGAGUACG